UGGGGAGGGGUCACUUUAUAUUUACUGCAAUUCGAGCCUCAAGAUUACUCAGUCGAAGCGCAAACCAACAAGAUAGCAAUCAUGGCCGAAACUGUGGAACAAAUUUUAGAGGAGUAUAUACCAGAGAAUAAAUUGGCUGAAGUAAAACGUAUAUUAUAUGGAAAUAUACCUAAGUCAUUAAACAUAGACUGGGAAAAUGAACAUUUUGAAAUAAGAGGCUGGCAGAUGCAUAGUCAUGUGACCCGUGAACAGCUUCGUACCCCAAAUCUAGUUCGCGUUGGACUGAUACAACACAGCAUAGUGAUACCAACAUCGGAUCCUGUUUACGAUCAACGAAAUGCAAUACACAGCAAGAUUAAAUCAUAUAUUGUACAAGCAGCUCAAUAUAAAGUUAACAUUUUAUGUCUCCAAGAAGCAUGGACUAUGCCGUUCGCAUUUUGCACGAGGGAAAAGUAUCCGUGGGUCGAAUUUGCGGAGGACAUUGAAACUGGACACACGACCCAGUUUCUAUCUGUUCUCGCCAAGAAGUACAACAUGGUGAUAAUUUCGCCUAUUUUGGAGAGAGACUAUACUGACGGCGAGAGCCUCUGGAAUACCUGCGUGGUGAUCAACACGGACGGCACGGUCCUCGGUAAACAUAGGAAGAAUCACAUUCCCCGUGUCGGGGAUUUUAACGAAUCCACCUACUACAUGGAGGGCAACACAGGUCACCCAGUAUUUGACACUCCAUUUGGACGCAUCGCGAUCAACAUAUGUUACGGACGUCAUCAUCCACUCAACUGGUUGAUGUUUGGCUUGAAUGGGUGGGGAUAUAGGAUGACCCAAAGACUCGACAUGUAUGCUAAAGAACUUGCUGAAUAUGUUUCCAAACGAGAUGGUAAAAAUUAACAAAAAAACAAUUGUACUGACGCGGAUUUUACAAAGUUCAUAAUUAAAUUAAUACGCUAAUUGUAACUUUUUGACACUCACAUUUGUAACAUUGUGUGAUAAACUUGUAAAACAGUUUUACUACUAUGUGAUUAACUUUCAUAUUUAAAAUAAUAAGAUUCAAUUCAAUAGUACAUUAUGCACUUCACACAAUGUACGUAGCCAAGGUUUAAGAUAUAUCCAUUACACACAUCGAGGAUCAAGAGUGCAAAAAACCUUGGAAUAAAAACUUUUCUAUAACAUAAA